UAAGCCGGCUAAUGGUAAUUUUUAUUAUUCUGAAGUAUUGAUAUAUGAAGCAAAAGUUCAUAUAUUCAUUUACACAUGCAUUAAAAGUCAUUUGUAUGUUGUAAGUCAGUCACUUAUUAAACACUAACAAGAUGCAAAUGGAUCCAAUAGCAGUUCAGCUUAUACAAAUUCUUGAAAAAACAGUCUCUCCAGAUAAAAAUGAAUUAGAAGCAGCCGAAAACUUUUUGAAGCAAGCAGCACAGACGAAUCUCCAUGAAUUUAUCAAAAAACUUAGUGAAGUUCUCGUUACUGCUGCUGCUAGUACUGUUGUUAGAAUGGCAGCAGGUCUCCAGUUGAAAAAUCAGUUGACGUCUAAAGAUUCAAAUUUAAAACUACAGUAUCAACAAAGAUGGCUUGCUUUUCCAGUAGAAACAAGAGAAUAUGUUAAGAAGAAUAUAUUAGGUGCUUUAGGAAUAGAAAAUAAUCGUCCAAGUUCAGCUGCACAAUGUGUUGCAUACGUAGCUGUUGCUGAACUGCCAGUAGAACAAUGGCGAGAACUUAUUCCUCUUUUGGUAAAUAAUGUUGCUAAUCCGAAUAGCACUGAAAUGAUGAAAGAAGCAACUCUAGAAGCCAUUGGAUACAUUUGCCAAGAAAUCGACAGUGAAGUUCUGGUUUCGCAGUCAAAUCAAAUUCUUACUGCUAUCAUUCAUGGAAUGAAAGGAUCCAAUACUUCGAUCAAUGUGAGAUUGGCAGCAACAAAGGCCCUUCUGAACUCUCUCGAGUUUACAAAAGGCAAUUUUGAAAUUGAGUCAGAAAGGAAUUUCAUAAUGGAAGUUGUAUGUGAAGCAACUCAGUCAACAAAUACACAAAUUAAAGUAGCGGCAUUACAAUGUCUUGUUAAGAUUAUGUCACUUUAUUAUCAAUAUAUGGAACCGUAUAUGGCUCAAGCUUUGUUCCCGAUUACUUUUGAAGCUAUGAAAUCUGAAAUUGACGAAGUUGCAUUGCAAGGAAUUGAAUUUUGGUCCAAUGUAUCAGACGAAGAAGUAGAUUUAUCAAUGGAAGAGGGUGAGGCAUCCGAAGGUGGUCGUCCUCCAUCAAAGGUAUCGAGACAUUACGCUAAAGGUGCUCUACAGUAUCUGGUUCCAGUUUUAAUGCGAAAACUGACCAAUCAAGAAGAGUUAGAUGAUGAAGAUGAUUGGAUUCCAUCUAAAGCAGCUGGCGUUUGUCUAAUGUUACUGGCCUCUUGCUGUGAAGAUAGUAUUGUACCAUAUGUUCUCCCCUUCGUUGAUAACAAUAUUAAGAAUCCAGAUUGGCGUUACCGUGAUGCUGCUUUAAUGGCUUUUGGUUCUAUUUUAGGGGGCUUAGAAUCGAAAACUUUGAAGUCUUUAGUAGAAAAAGCAAUGCCCACCUUGAUUGAAUUGAUGUAUGACAGUAGCGUUGUUGUAAGAGAUACAGCAGCAUGGACGUUUGGUAGAAUUUGUGAAAUGAUUCCUGAAGCUGCUAUUAACGAAACAUACUUAAAUCCUUUGUUACAGUCACUGAUAAAUGGAUUAAAAGCAGAGCCACGAGUGGCUGCAAAUGUUUGUUGGGCUUUCACUGGGCUUGCAGAAGCCAGUUAUGAAUCUGCUGAAGUUAUAGAAGAUGGUCAACAGCCUGAAACGUAUUGUAUGUCUCAUUAUUUUGAUUUUAUAAUUCAACGACUACUGGAAACAACUGAUCGUCCUGAUGGAGCUCAAGCAAAUUUAAGAUCUGCAGCUUAUGAAGCACUUAUGGAAAUGGUAAAGAACUCACCUAGAGAUUGUUAUGUGACUGUACAAAAAACAACAAUGGUAAUAUUAGAACGACUUCAACAGGUUAUGCAAAUGGAAUCUCACAUACAAAAUAAUUCUGAUCGGGCUCAAUACAAUGAUCUUCAAUCAUUAUUAUGUGCCACUUUACAGUCAGUCUUAAGAAAAGUUACAGCUGAAGAUGCUCCUCAAAUUUCAGAUGCCAUUAUGAGCGCUCUUCUGGCAAUGUUUAAUUCAAAUUCAUGUAAAUCUGGUGGUGUUCAAGAAGAUGCAUUAAUGGCUGUAUCUACGCUAGUUGAGGUUCUUGGUGAAGGUUUUUUAAAAUACAUGGAGGCAUUCAAACCUUUUUUAUGUCUUGGAUUAAAAAAUCAUGCUGAAUAUCAAGUUUGUGGAGCAGCUGUUGGUCUUACUGGAGAUAUUUGUCGAGCUCUAAAGAGUAAAAUUCUUCCUUAUUGUGAUGAAAUAAUGACUCUUUUAUUAGAGAAUCUCAGUGACAAUACAGUUCAUCGAUCUGUUAAACCACAAAUACUUUCUGUUUUUGGUGACAUAGCUUUAAGUAUUGGGUUAGAAUUUAAAAAAUAUUUAGACGUGGUAUUACAGACGCUAGCGCAAGCCUCUCAAGCAUAUGUAAACAGAGCUGACUAUGAUAUGAUCGAUUAUCUCAAUGACUUGCGAGAGGGUGUUCUUGAGGCUUAUACUGGUAUAAUUCAAGGUCUUCGUGGUGAUGGAUCAGUUAUAAGCCCUGAUGUGUCUCUGAUUGAACCUAGUGUCUCAUUUAUUAUACAAUUCAUAACUACAAUAGCUCAAGAUCGUGAACAUUCAGAUGGUAAUAUUGCUGCUUCUGUAGGGCUUCUUGGAGAUUUAGUAACAGUUUUUGGAGUUAAACUUUUACCAAUGAUAGAAAAUGAAAUAAUAACAGAUUUGUUAAACAAAGGACGUCGAUCACGCACUAAUAGAACAAAAACUUUAGCAACUUGGGCCACAAAAGAAAUAAGAAAACUGAAAAAUUUAAGUAAUACUACAUCUAGUUGGUAA